AUGGCACCAAACCAGGCUACCGACGCUCUUGCCGAAUGUACUGCGACCGCUAGUGCGCGCCGUCGCAUUCUCGUGACGGGUGCAGCAGGAUUCAUCGGAUUCCACACCGCCAAGACCCUGCUGGCGCGCGGAGACGACGUCGUUAUUGUGGACGAGAUUGUUGUUUAA